AUGUCGAACUCGUUGACUGAAGCUGCAGACAGGCAUAGUGCAGCUACAGUCGAAUUGAAAGAUGAUACAGUCAUUGUCGUUCUUGGAGCUUCAGGGGACCUGGCCAAAAAGAAAACUUUCCCCGCGCUGUUCGGAUUGUACCGCAAUAAAUUCCUUCCCAAAGAUAUCAAGAUCAUCGGAUACGCACGAACAAAAAUGGACCAUGCCGAAUUCAUUCGAAGGGUGCGGUCAUAUAUCAAGAUCACCACGCCGGAUAUUGAGAAUCAGCUUACCGGAUUCUGCAAUAUUUGCACGUACGUCUCAGGGCAGUAUGAUCAAGACGAUUCUUUCGUAACCUUGAACAAGCACCUCGAGGAUCUCGAGAAGGGGAAAAAAGAACAGAACAGAAUCUUUUACAUGGCACUUCCACCCAGUGUUUUUAUUACCGUCUCUCAACAUCUGAAGAAGAAUUGCUAUCCGGAGAAUGGUAUUGCAAGAAUCAUUGUAGAGAAGCCGUUUGGAAAAGAUCUCGGAAGCUCGCGAGAGUUACAAAGAGCACUGGAACCCGACUGGAAAGAGGAGGAAAUAUUCCGUAUCGAUCAUUAUCUUGGAAAAGAAAUGGUGAAGAAUAUUUUGAUUCUGCGAUUUGGGAACGAGUUUUUCGGGGCUACCUGGAAUCGCCAUCAUAUUGAUAACGUUCAGAUCACAUUUAAAGAGCCAUUCGGUACGGAAGGCAGAGGGGGUUACUUCGACGAAUUUGGCAUCAUCCGCGACGUUAUGCAGAACCACCUUCUUCAAGUCUUAACACUUCUAGCAAUGGAAAGACCCAUUUCAUUUUCCGCGGAAGAUAUUCGGGACGAGAAAGUGCGCGUCUUGCGUGGAAUUGAUGCGAUCGAGCCCAAGAACGUCAUCAUUGGUCAAUACGGGAAAUCGCUGGAUGGAAGCAAACCCGCUUAUAAGGAAGACGACACAGUCCCGAGAGAUUCAAGAUCGCUGAACGAACAAAAGACGGAGAUCCGUAUACAAUUCCGUGACGUCACCUCAGGUAUCUUCAAAGACAUUCCGCGAAACGAACUCGUAAUCCGCGUACAACCCAACGAGUCAGUAUACAUAAAGAUGAAUUCGAAGCUCCCCGGUCUUUCCAUGCAGACCGUCGUCACAGAGCUCGAUCUCACUUAUCGACGAAGAUUCUCAGAUCUGAAGAUCCCUGAAGCAUACGAAUCACUCAUUCUAGACGCCCUCAAGGGAGAUCACUCAAAUUUUGUCCGUGAUGACGAAUUGGACGCCAGCUGGAGAAUCUUUACCCCACUUCUGCACUAUCUAGAUGAGAACACAGAGAUUACACCAAUGGAAUACCCUUACGGCUCACGUGGCCCAUCUGUCCUCGAUGACUUUACAUCAUCGUUUGGCUACAAAUUCAGUGACGCUGCCGGAUACCAGUGGCCCCUCACCACCACUCCAAACCGCUUGUGA